AUGGGCAAAAUCCAACUCCACGAACACACCCAAUCCUACCGCGCCAUCUCCACCAAAUCACCGCACGGAUUAAAAUGCUUAAAAGCCCUAUUCAGCGAAUACGACAGUCCGGACCCGGACGCCACGAAACUAUACGACCUAUUCGCCAAAGACUUCCAAGACCACGUCAACGGCGAAGACAGGUCCGUCAGUCGCGACGAGGCCAUUGAAACUAUUCUGGCUUCUCGAUCAAGAUGCACAAAACACCAAAUCGACCUCAAACACGCGAGUUGUAUCGAGCAUUCGGGGACCAGUCAAACAGUUUACUUUGAGGCGAUUCGCUUUGUUGUGCCGGUCGAUGCAAAUACGCUGAAUUGGAUCCGCGUUCCUGUUUCGGGCAGGUUAGAUGUGAGGAUCACGCCGAAUAAAUUCAGCCUAAAGGAUGCUGUGGCCCAGAUUGUGGCCAGACGGAGGACGGCAGAUAAUAGUGAAUUGGUCAGGCAAGGGUUGAAUCCGUUGACUUUGGUGCCGGUGAAUAUGGGCCAGGGGCCGUCUCCGUUAGCGGCAAAUGCGAAUGCGAGUGGGAAUGCGGAUGUGAACAUGAUUCAGCCGGCUACUACUAGUAGUACUAAUACUAGUCCGGUCAUUGAGCUUCCGGCGGCGACAAAAGUAGUACAUACUACUACGGCGGCGUCGUUGGGAAGUGGAAGUGAGAGCAGGUCGGAGUUGCCGCCGUAUCAGAGUCCUACACAUACACAUUCGAAAAGUACCGGGACUCCGACUUUUACAUCGGGUAGCUCCCUUGAUGGGAGCAAGGAGCUUGCGUCUUGA